UGGUUCCCUUCACUUCCUGUUAAAAUUAUGCUCAACAGAAACAGCAACAUGUGAAAGGCAGACAAAAACCCCCGGUCGCUAUUUCAGAAGAGUGAGAAAAAUGGACGACUCCUCAACCGCCUGAACCCUUCUGAAUGAGAUGGCUCAGUAGGCUUGAGGCGGCACAACAGCCGGAGGAGCUGCCAUGGAUCUCCUGGCCUUCAGUGGACUACAGCUCUCCCCAGAGAAAGAAUUUGACCGAUUGGUGGACUACAGAGCAGAGAAACGAGAGCAUUUAAGAGGACGUAACAAUGCGACUUCGUGCCGGAGCCCCACCAGAGGAAUAGACACAGCACUGAUAAAGCGUGAACUGAAGAAAAAGAGGCAGCAGGAGUUCUUGAGGAGGAGGUCGGUGAGCCCAGAGCCGAGCAGCUCCAGGUCCAUGGACCUUUCUUCAAGGAGAAGACCCUCUCCGGUUGGGUUUUCGACUACACAUUACAGUUUUAGCAGCAAGUCUGAGACACUGCAUACAAACAUGCAAAGUACUGCUAAUGGACAGCCGGCGAUGGUUUUAACAGCAAACAGCAGCAUAACUGACGGGCCAAGCACCAGCAAAUGGGCUUCAUUAUGGUCAGAACAGAUAUCUCUAAUGAAGCAAGAGAAAGGUCAUUCAAAGAAGCAAGUGCCUGCUUCCACACCAGUCAUACAGGAAUCAAGACAGCACCGGAUAAAAAGCACACUUAGUAAAGAUAUUACUAUUAAUGUACAAAAGACAAGCACCAAAACAUUAGUCCAAACUGAAAAGAUUCACCAGAAAUCGUCUAUGAAAACUGAAAAAAAGAAGAUACUGCGAGAGACCGGUGUGCAGUCAGAGUCGGGAUUUGUCACCGUCAGGGAAUCAGAUGUUCAGAAAUUAGAGGACUACUUACAGGAAGCCCUGUGGAGAGAGGAGGUCUUGAAGAAGAAGCUGGCCGCCCUCCAGGAGUGCACGACAAACCUCGUGAACUCAUCAAACAAAAUAUGGACGUCUCGCUGCACUGAAGAUCUGCUGAGAAACAAGAUCAAGACUCUGGAGGCGCAGCUGCAAGUCUGUCUGCUGAAGUUUCCGAAAGAUGGAGUGAAAAAACUGGUGGUGCAGAUGGAGAAGCACAGCCGGAUGUACGAGGAGAAGGCCUUGGUCGCCCUGCAGAAAACCACGCAGGAGAAAGCAGAGGCGCUUAGCAAGGCUGAGACACUGCAGAAAGCGCUAGUUACAGCAAAAGCAGAGGCACUGAGGUGGCAGAGCCUUUUUGAGGAGCUGAAGUUGAGCUCUGGGCAGCUCAGGGAGAAUCAAUACCUCAGUAAUGAACAGCUGCAACAACUGCACAGCCAAGUGGAGCUGUCCAGAUCCAGAGAGGAUGAGCUGAGAGAGGAAGUGCUGUCAUUAAGACAAGAGAAGCAGGAGCUGCAGUACAACAUGUGCCUGCUGGAGGAGGACAACCAGACCUUAAGAGAAGAAAUCCAGCUGCUAAGAGAUGGCAGCGAUGAAAGCCGGGACUUCAUGAUGCAGGAGAGUCUGACGUCAGAGGAAGCAGAGCCACGGCUGACUGUGAGGAGAGACUCUCAGCUGGAGGAGCAUCUCCGUCACACUCAGGAGAAACUCCAGCUCAAGGAGAGAGAGUGUGAGGAGCUGCGGUCGGACCUGCAUGCGAUGGAGCAGGAGUGUCAGUCCAGCCAGGCCCGGCUGUCGCAGUGCAGAGACGAACUCCGGCAACUCAGCCACCGCCGCAGGAGAACAACACCAUGCAGCUCCUGGUGGAAGCUGGUUGUCAUCUUCCUUCUGCUCCUCGCUGCAGCAGCAGUCGUCGUGUUGUGGUUGUGGCAUCCUGAUUUCAGGGAGCAAGUUGAAGAUUUGUACUCCGACAUAGAGACACGCAUCGACGACUAUCUCAUGGAAAUGUCCGCUCCUCGAUACUCGGGCUGUUUUCGACCGAUAUGAUGCGUCACCGCUCAGGAACACGUAGUUUUUAUUAUUGUUGCUUUUGUUUUAAAAUGACAUUUUUAUAGAGUGCAGUUUGUGGAUGUGUUUGCAUUUUAUAUGUUUUUAAAAUUGGAACUAAAGUUUGUGUGAAAUGAGAUAAAGUUGUGAGUUUAUGUGUGCAAAUACAAACACGUGGGGGAAAAAAAGCAACAGUGCUUGUUUGUAAUGUUUUUAAGCUGUUUGUAGCUCACAACGUUUUCAGAAACUGUGAGUCUAAAUUUCACAACAAGAGCAAGGAGCAAGCAAAAGCGAGGAGUUUCUCUUGUACUGUAAGUGGCUCAUAGUCAGCAGCACAACCGUGAAUUAUUAAAAAGCCUUAUUUUUU